AUGCAAAUUAUCCUUAGCUUCAGGUGUAAAUGUUCAGUGGAGUUGAUACUGUUAUUGUGUGAUGUUGUUUUGAAAAUGUUCAAAAUGGUGCGAAGUCGUAAGGCCCAAGCGGCCAGCGAGGCGGACGUCCGUCGGGAUCAAACUUUUCAGAAUCGGUCUAGUACCAGCGGUUCUCGUCUCCGAGUCCGCCGUGGGUCCAGUUUGACCGAUUUGGAUAAACUGCGAUGCAGUGGUGGGUCAAGCGGGGGUGGUUCUAUUGGUGAUUUGAUGAACAUGUUUAGUGGCAGUGCUAAUUCUGUAGGUAGUGACACUUUGGUGGCUCGGACAGUGCCUUUAGAGACAGUUCGUCGGAACAUUCCGCCUCUGUCGACCCCGCCCGCUCACCCGCCCCCCUCGCCGCUCAUCCAUGUAUCUCGGCCUGUGGGCCCUUUGACAAUGGCACAACGGACUCUUAGAUUCAGCAGAUUAUUGAAAUAUCAACCGUGUUCGGCCGAUAUCCCAAUUUCGCUGGUAAGUUUAGAACUUUCUAGUUGA